CCUCGGGACUCUUUCAACCCGCCUAUCCUCAUUCAUCCACCACAACACCUAAGUUCACCCCACACACCAAAAGCAGUACUACCUCCCUUAUCUACCACCCACCAGACAGACAGUCAGACAACAUGUGCGGCCCAGAGACCCCCUCCUCCACACCCCGCAUCGGCGCCCGCGUCGACCUCUCCUCCCCCACCGGCCGCGGCAGCCUCGGCAACCUACUCUUCCUAAACCCGACAUCGCCCUCGAGCGUCCACGCCACUCACGUCCGCUUCUUCCACCCCGCUCAGCCCGCAGCAUCAAACCCGCUCGACGACAGCCUGCUCGUCUCCAUCCACAUGACAGGCGACCUCACCAAACCGCUCGCCGACGCCGGCCUGAUGCAGCAGUUCACCCUCCACCGCCCCAACACCGCCUCCAAUAACAGCCCGCACGACGACGGCCUAGGCGGGUUCGAGGAGACGGCCCUCGGAGCAGCGCUGUCGCUGCAGGUUGGCAGCGACGGGAUCAUUGGCCGGCGCGUGACGAUGCGGCGCGGGGAGGAGCUGCUGGCGGACGGGAUCGUGGGGUUUAACUCGCUGCCGGUGGUGGUUGGUACCGGUGCUGGCGGGGUGUGAGUUGGGAGAUGACCCGAGAUAAGUGGGGGUGUUGGUGUGUGUGCAUGCAUGCAUGGGGUGGUGUUUUGGUGUUUGCUUUCUUUCUGAUGGGCCUGGUGUGCUUGGGUUGGGUGGGGGAACUGGGAGCAUCAAUGGUCGGCGUUCUUUUACCUCCUGCUUCGUAUUUUUAUUAGUAGAGCAUGGUUAGUCACCUACCUAG